GGGAGGGGGGAGGGUGAGCGAACGGCUGUGUGGUGUUUAGCUGCCGGCCGGGUUAAACCACAACAAGAAGUAAUGUUUGUCUUGAAACAAAAAGUGAGAAAAUACUCGUACCUGAAUCUCCAAGCUGUUUAUGGGUCUCUGUUUGCUGCUUAUUUGGUACCAUUUGUUCAACAAUUGGGAGAGUGACAAGGAACUGUGAGGUACCUGUUUGGUAGCGCAACAAGUUAGAAAAUUUGCACGGGCAUUUUUUCCACCUCCUUUCUGGAACUUGCUUCAUCCAGCUGACUGCUUCAAAGCCUUAGGCAACUCUCAGACUCACAGAAGAAACCAGUCCUAUUGAAAAUACAUACAUAAACUGGGAGACCAAAAUGACAAAAUUGAAGAUUUUGCUGUGUCUGGCUGGUGUCAAAAACCACUCUGUUCCAUCCUCUUAUCACUGGCAUCAGCUUCAGGACUGAAUACCCAUCUCUCUUUGCAUGUCUGUGACAGAACAGACCUCCAAACAAUGAGCUCCCUGACCAGCACCUCGCACCUCCAGCUGGCUGCCUUUGCUUUGGGUACAAUAGGCUGGAUCCUGUGCACCAUUUCCAUGGGACUUGUGGAGUGGAGAGUUUGGCAUGUGGACAACACCACCAUUAUCUCCUCUGGCAUUGCAUGGGUGGGGAUUUGGAAAGUCUGCUUCAUCAGUUAUCUUCAUGUCUCAUCUGGCUAUAAAGAACAGUUCUGUCAUAAAUUCAGUGGCUAUGACUCCUUCAUCCCCCAUGAAAUUUAUGUUGCCCAGGGUCUCCUGCUGAUCGCCAUGGUCAUGGGUUUGCUGGGACUGACAGCCACAGUAUUUGCUCUGAGAAAUAUUUAUAUGGGAAUCAGCCACAAAACUCUCAUCACCCAUUUCUUCCUGCUGGGUGGCUUCUUCUACAUAUUUGCUGGUCUGUGUGUCCUGGUUCCAGUGAGCUGGAACUUCUAUUCCAUAGCACACAACCAGAGCAUCGCUUUUCCUCCCUCUUACUACAUGCCCUCCAGCCCCACGGCACAGGAAGUCGGUGCUGCCAUUCCCAUUGGGAUCAUAGCUGUCAUCUUGCUGCUGCUGAGUGGGACUUUUUCUCUCUCCUACAGAUUUCCUAUAACCACAAACACAGUCUUGAAAUCCUGAUGGGAUAAAUCCCCCCAUGCUGCUUCAGAACAAGAGCAUAGUCAAAAGAUAAGGAUGUCAGCACAAGUGAUUUUAUAGUCAAGAAACUACAGAAUUUAAUUGUAGCCUACAGUAGCCACCAUAAUUUGUUAUAUAAACCAGCUGAACUACCAUUCUGAU